AUAACUGACAUAUAUGCUCAGGCAGGAGAAACCCCGCAGCGGACACGCACGUUUUCACCAUGUAGCAGCGGACUGGCACACAGAGUGACUCAGCUCCAUCCUCAAACUUGACACCAGCAUGCAUCCUGCGCUGCUCUGACUGGAAACACCGGCGUGACGUCAUUCGGAUUUCUCUGCAGAGAUAAAAAAUAAAAACGCAGGACCAGAAAAUGGCAGCCGCCGACAUCCUCUUCUUCACUUUGUGGAUCGCCACAGUCUUCACCAGCGGACUUGGAUGCCCUGAGCUCUGCACCUGCUCAGAUAAAUACGGCCGCCAUUUUGCUGAAUGCUCCUACAAAGAUUUAACUGAAGUCCCGGACGGUUUGCCUCUAAAUGUUACAACUGUGAGUCUCUCUGCUAACAAGAUCCGCGUGAUACCAUUGGGGAGCUUCGACAAUGUCACCUUGGUGACAUCGCUGUGGAUGGCCCACAAUGAGAUCGUAUCAAUCGAAGAGGGGACCCUCACACCUUUGGUUCACCUACGUAACUUUGACAUCAGCCACAACAGACUCGUAGACUUCCCCUGGGAGGAUCUGCAGAACCUCACAGGCCUGCAGCUGUUGAAGAUGAACCACAAUGAGAUGGUGCAUCUGCCGAGGGACGCCUUCUCCAACCUCAAAGACCUCAAGUCCAUCCGACUCAACAAUAACAAGUUUACAACCAUCGCUGAGGGGACCUUUGAUGGUUUGGUGUCGUUGUCCCACUUGCAGAUUUAUAAAAAUCCUUUUGCAUGUACCUGUUCCCUCCACUGGCUCAGAGACUGGAUAUCAACGACGACAAUCACAAUCCCGGAGAAGAGUUUGAUCAUUUGUGCAACUCCGCAGAAACUCAGAGGAGAGGUGAUUGGAAAUUUGACUGAGUCGAAGUGCACGAGCGCAAAUGUGACAAUACGCAGCAGCAAGUCAAACAUGACUUUCUAUGAGGGCAGCACACUGGUCUUGACAUGUGAAUUCACAGGAAAUCCGAAGCCUCUGGUGUUGUGGAAUAUUCGAAGCAAACGCCAGAAGCAAGAGGUCGCUCUGUCCUUCACUGAGGAUGACUCAGCAGAAUCAAACGAGGACUCGUUACCAUCCCAUAAUCCAGUCAAAGUCUUUAAUAAUGGGACUCUCAUCAUUUCAAGUCUCAGGAAGGAUGACAGCGGCAACUACAGCUGUUCAGCCACAAAUGAGUUUGGAAGAUCUGAGGAUUGGGUGUUAGUGGAGGUGGUGGCUUCACCAAAACCGACACCCAUAAAACGCAUCACCACAACACCUGCUUACACCAAAACACACCCGUUUAUACACCAAACGACAGACAAAAGAUCUGUUUUUGAUUCUGUGCUUCUGCCUGAUUUAAAAAGAAAAGACUUAAUAAACAUUGUGCCCACUCUCCCACCUACUGCGGAGAUCAAGUCUUCUGAGGAGGCAGCAACAUAUCCAUCACGUGCGAGUAAAUGUGGCGUGACGGCUAACACGAGAUACAUUUCUAGCCGCGUCUUUAAUGGGAGCAUGGAUGACAUCAAGCAGUACACGUUUGAUUUUGGUGUCAUUGCAUUAGGGGUUUCAGAAACAGAGGUAACAGUGCGACUCAACCCUCUUCUCAUACCCAGAGACAGCAAGCGGGACGCCAACGCUGCCGCCACAUCUGAGAGCUUCCUCUCUGACAGUGAAGAGCACCACGGCCUGUCAGACGACUCUGAACAAGUCAGUUCAAAUGGCUUGUACCUGUGCGUCACUGCCGACCGCAAACACUCAGCCGUGCAGUGGUCGCGGAUCAAAGAGGGCAUCAACACGUAUCUGUUCAGUGGUUUACGACCCGGCACCAACUACUCCCUAUGUCUGACCUACAGAGGGGAGGACUGCGAGGUCCAGGUGAUGUUCACCACCAGGAGGAGGACACCCAACCUGCUCAUCAUCAUCUCUGUCAGCAUCUGCCUCCUGACCGUGUCCACUGUGCCUCUCCUGGGCGCGACCUGCUUCCACCUGGUGUACAAAUACCGCAGCAAGACCUACAAGCUGAUCCUGAAGGCCAAAGACCAGUACCACAUGGAAAGGAACCUCACCGUCAACUUUAAUAUCCGCGCUCCUCACACCGAGUCCCAGAGGAAGAUUAACGGAAGCCAACUGGAUGAGGAGGAGGGGGAGACGGAGAGCGGGGACGGAGAGCGAGAGGCGGACACAGAGGAAAGUGUCAUGACUGAGUCCUUUUCAUUGUCUCAGUGUCGAGGGAAUUUAGACAACUGUGAGGUUGGAUCUGAGUACAGUGAUAGGUUACCUCUGGGAGCUGAGGCAGUGAAUAUUACAAGCAACUACAAAUAUCCAAAUCAGUAAUUGUGACAUCAUUUGAAGUUUACCUUUGCAUAAAGGAUUAAACAGGAUGUUUUUUUUAGUUUGUGCCAGUGAUUUAGGUUCCCUUUAGUUGUGCAAAGGCAGCCCAGAAUUUUUUAAUAAUUCUUUAUUCCACUGAUCUGACAAGACUCAAAAUACAUUUAACUGCUUUACUUGCAGAGCAUCACUCAGUCGUGACAGGCUACCAGCUGCCACGCAAUGAUUGGCAGUGGAUGUUUUUCAGACAAGCAUAGUUCAGUCAGACAACUCACCUUUUAAAUAUUUAUUUCAGCAGCAGAGUUAGAGUUUGGUAUUUAGAUUCUGGCCUUAUCACUCCCCGCAGAUAUUUUUUUACAUGAGAUAUUGUAAUGAUUAAAUAUUUCCCCCCUCUAGCGGGAGCCUGCAGGUGGAUGCUGGGGAUGAAGGUGGGAUUGAAAGAGGAGGCAGCAAUACUGAUACAGAGCAGAAGUGGAAUUGACAAGGCAGGGUAGUUUCUGAGAGGGUGUGUUUUGAAGAUGACAUAUGGAAAGUGAUGUAUGACGUGUGUGUGUAUGAAUCAGUGCAUCUCGAAUUGACUGCCUAAACUAGCUUGCAGGCGACACUCCAUUCAGUGAAAAAUGAAUUAGUCUUGGCUAUUUAAUCUUGUUACCAAUAUUCCUCUGAAAAGUGAUCUCCAUAAACACUAGAGAGCAAAAAUACAACCAGCUUGUGUUCAAGAGAGAGAAACUUGGUGCCAACAUCAAAAUUAUAAAUCAGCCAUCAAAGUAAAAGGUGGUACACUAUCAACGCAUUCAGUCUCUGUGCAGCCUCAUAUUUGAUUCAUUUCUGAUGUGUCACAGACAGAAUCCUUCCUCAGAGCAUUAUUAGUGUUUAAGAGAAUAGUUAAAUGAUAAGGGAAAAAUGCUUUUUGCUUUGCUUGCAGAGAAUUGGAUUAGGACAUUAACACCACUCUCAUAGCAGUCCAUGGGUGUAUAAAAAGAGCUGGAUACAGCAUUAAAGAUGAGGCCCCGUUCAUUCCAAUUGCUCAGUGGCACUGGAAACCAAAAAAGUUCAACUUCUUGGUUAUAAAAUUACCCGGAUUGACUGUAUAAUUGGGCCUAUACCUUGCCUGCCGAGCCGGUUGCUUCCGGUUUAGCACUCUGCUAACUUGUAUGAUGAUAAAAAUGAUUUAAUUGUUAGGCUCUACUAGACUUUUCAAGUGUUCUUGGCAUAAAUUUCUAUCAAGAUCCAUCAGUCAUUUUGUGGGUUUCUGAUGCUCAAAAAAUGUUUCCCCUGAUUCACAGACUUCUCUUUCAGAUUGUUAAUAUGUGGAAAUAAAGUAUUUUUGGGCCUGGUGGCAUCACCUGACAGACGUGGACAUUGUAGUUGCAGUUGCAGUUGGCCAUUAUAUCAAAUUGGUUUCAAAGCAGGUUAACUAGAAGCAGUAUAUCUAGCUUACUUACAGCUUUAGGGUUAAUAAAAAGCACACACAGAAACUGUCACCUUUUCCAUAGCUGCAUAAUUCUCUUUUAACUCAAUAACAGAAAAUACAAAGAAAUUUUAAAAGUGGCCAUCCACCAUCCCAUCCUUCUUCUGAUGACAAAAUCAGCUCAUAUAUAUGUCAUCUUAACCAUAUCACUUCAAAAAUGUUGAUGUGACAGGCAUGACACAUACAAAUGCAACAUAUCUGUGGUUUGCCAAUGUUUUAUUUUGUCAGGGUCUUAAAUUACACAUAGUGAUAGACAAUCAAAGGAUAUUUGAAUUAAUUUCAGUGUAUUUAAGGAAGUGCUGUAGUUCAUAAGAAGUAAAAUGCUCAAAAAUAGCUUUUCCUUUUACAUUACAAAAUUAUGUUAAAAAUUUUCCAGAUCUGGCCAAUGUUCUCUGGUAUCUAUCAAAUUUAGGUGAGUUCUGUUUAUAAUACACCCCUUGAAGAGGGGAAAAUAUAACCUUAGUGGGUUUAUAAUGAAACACAGUAAACAUUAAGGCUUAUUUGCUCAUUUGUGCCUUUUGUGUAAUUCCAAACAGUUACUAAUUACAUAUAUUUUAUAGCUGCAAAAUGUUGUAUCGAUAUUCAGUUUGAUUAACUAGCAAGGGUGAACUUUCAAAAUGAAUUUCCAAAACAAUAAACACGCCCUAACUGUUUUAAAUAAACUUUUUUUUCCAAACAAACUGAAGUUAUCACCAGGAGAUAAUCUUACAAAAGGUAUCAGUAUAUACUUAACUACUGCCUCUGUGUAUUUGUUAAAAGCAACGUAAACAAACCUCAAGUAAAAACUAACCAUUGUUGAAAAAUUGUUCCUAUAAAACAGGUAAUGAGAGAAAAGUUACUCUGAUGAGGAUUCACAGAAAAAAAGAUGUGUUAAAGCAAAUGUAACAAAGCUUGUGUCACAUGUGACAUGCAUUGCAAAAUUACUAUAUUAGGAAAAAUGUCAGCUUGAUGUAGGCAGUAGUUAAUGGUCUAACUAUAACAAUAAGACAAUAAUAUUAUGCUUUAAACAGUAAAGUAGUAAAUUUGUGCUGUCGUAUAUUUUAGGAGUGUUGUAGCUUUAACAUACCGAAACUUAACGGGAGUUUAAUGUUUAGAAAAACGUUUCAAAAAGAAAAACAUUGUGCAGCUAUGAGCUCUUUGUCCAGUAAAACUGUGAAGAUUUCCUAUGACAAUAACUGUUUUCAUGUUGAUUAAAACUGGGUGUUUUAAAUAAGCUCUCUGUCUCGCUGGUAAAAUGUGGACGCGUUAUUUCAGUACUAUCCACCAAGUCUACUAAACUACACUCACUUCUGAGUGCGUAAGUGAGUCAUUGUCUCGUUGUAUCUGGGUCAUGUGUCCAUCCUGUUGUAUUCCCCAGAGUACUGUGUUAGAAGACCUGCAUGCUGCCUGUUGUUAUGUAACGCAGUAUGCUGUGUCUGUGUAAAUAUUCUGGACUGGAAGACUACCUUUGUCUUUUUUCUGUUUUAUACCCCUGUAACGAAGGAAGUAGUAGGAUUUACCAAAGUGUUUAAAUAUCCUCACAAACUGUCCUCAUCCUAUGUGCCUCAAUAAAGU